AUGUCCCUUCCCCUCUCAACUGGAACAUACUCAAUCAACGGUCGGAAAUACCGUAAGACUGCGUAUCAGAAAGUGGGCGGAGCCUCCGCGACGGAGAUUACUGUAGAUCAAUUCGAAGACACUCCAGAUGUCUAUGAGGACGAACCGUCGAUUGGAUGCAUCGCGCCGCCACCCGGUCUCCCCGCUCUAAAACAGAAAAUCGGCAAAGCGACGGCAAAAUCUGAAACUACAGUAUCCAUGGAUCCACAACCGACAGAAGACGAGAGGAUUACUGUAGUUGGAGGCAAGAAAUGGAUGGCGACAAUCCAAGUCCCUGCAUGCUUCAUAGGAAAAUUGAUUGGAAUGAAUCGACGCGCACUGAAUUCAUUGGAAAAUGAUACGCAGUGUCGAGUGAAGACGCCGCGAAGGGAGCAGAAGGAUAAACCGUGUGAAAUCACGUCGAUCAUCAGUCUGGAAUGUGUUCAACGCUGUCUCGAUCGCAUCGAGAUUUUUGUGGAUGACGCGAGGAAAUCUUCCCGCCCCACCCACUUCGUCGCCUUCCCCUGCGAUCACCCUGAGAUUCAGGAGAAUUUCGAAGUGUUCAAGAAGUUGGUGAUGGAUAGUAACGAGUUUCAUGAGUCCACUCGUAACCCGCAACUAUUCACCAAGACGUCUCGCCUCCAUUUGACAAUUUCAGUCGUCCGACUGUUCGAUGAAUCGGAUAUGAAGAAGAUGGAGGAGGCAUUCAGAGUGAUUCACGACGAGAUUAAACCCCUUCUCGACUCCGCCCCCCUCAUCGCAGACAUCCAAGGAAUCGAUAUGAUGAACGACGAUCCGUCGCAAGUUUCUGUGAUCUACGCGAAAAUAAAAGGAGAAAAAGUGCAAAAAAUCGCGAAUUUCGUCUCCAGACGACUCGUUGAACUUCUCGGUGGAAAUUCUGGAAAUUCAGAAGACGUCGUCACGGAUUCAGAAGACGUCAAACUUCACAUGACACUUAUGAAUUCGAGAUAUGUCUCACAACAAGACAAAAAGAAUUCAAAAAAUUCGUUUAAUGCGAAGAAAAUGUUGGAGGAUUUGAAGGAAAUGCACUUUGGAACCAUUCAGAUUAACGAGGAUCAAGUACAGUUACCCGAUCCAGGAUCCAAGAUCCCUAGGAUCAAGUACAGUAAUCCCGUCCUGGAUCGCAGAUCCCCAGGAUCAAGUACAGUAACUCUGAUCCAGGAUCCAAGAUCCCUAGGAUCAGGAUCCAAGAUCUGUUGGGUCAAGUACAGUAACUCUGAUCCAGGGUCCAAGAUCCGUAGGAUCAAGUACAGAUCCAAGAUUCGUAGGAUCAAGUACAGUAACCCGAUCCAGGAUCCAAGAUCUGUUGGAUCAAGUACAGUAACCCGAUCCAGGAUCCAAGAUCUGUUGGAUCACGUCAUGCCGGAUCCUAGCGACGUUGAUCCUAUAGUCCGGAUCAUAAAACUACAGUAA